AAAGCCUUGUGAGGUCCGCUGUGCGUAAAGGAAAAGAAAUGAGGAAGAAAAACACUUCCGCACAGUCACACAGUUUCUUCACCCUCUGCGCUGUUGCUUUGUCACAAAAUGACGAAAUUAAAAGACAAAAGACGAGAGAAGAUGAGCGUGGCCACGGAGAUUGACCGCUUGGAGGAGAGACGGGCGCGUUGCCAAGACAACCUGGAGAGGGCAGAGUUCAGGAGCAGGAGAGAGACGCUCUCUGACAAGCAGAGGCAGGAACUGGACGAUGAGAUGACCAUCAUGAAUGAGAGGAUGCAAAAGUUAGACAAGGAGCUGGAGACCUUAAGGGGAGAGAACCGGAAGAACAUGAUGCUAUCAGUCGCUCUGCUGGUCAUCAGCGCUCUCUUCUACUAUGUCUUUUUCUACAAUGAAGAGGACUCAUGAUCACCACCUGGUAUCUUUUUAAAAGGGAAAUUUAAAGAAUAACCACCCAGGACAGUGUUGUCAUGACAUCAAAUAUGAGGCCACUGAGAGCUUUAAAGGGCUGUAUUUAUGAAAUACCUCAUCUCUGCCUCUAGAUGGCACUGUUGUCAUUCCUCUGGUCAUCAUACUGGGUUUAUUCUGCACAGUCAGAACCAUGGACCGCAAAAGCUGGUGUUUCAAGCAUGUUUAAUUAUGGCCUUUACUUCAAUUUCUUUCAGCAUAUCCACACACAUAUUUCUCCUUACCAUUGUAAAUCAAAUGUUGACUCACAUUUUUUUUGUAAAUGUCAGUGUAGCAUUUUGUAAAUAUACAGGCUUACAUGAACCUGAACUAUCCAGUGACUAAAUCGGUGUGUGUGACUUGCAGACACAUGACAUCUAUACACUACUGCAGGUGACACAGGAUGGUAUAUCACCUCUAAACUGAGUAGAUUUUGUACCACAUGUGAGAGAAGGUCAUGGUGUUUUUCCUCUCCUGUUUACAGUCACACUUUGUAUUUUCACUGCUAUAACGACCUGACUUUAUAUUAAGACACGAAAUAUAAAAAGAAUGUAUAUACAAUUGUUUUUUCAUAAAAAUAACCAACAAACUAUAAACUUCGCCUCAUGAUACAAUUCAAACAAAUGUAAUCUUGCUGUAUUUUAUGCAACAUAUUGAAGAGAUGGUGCCAAUUUAAGUCUUUUUCUGGCUUUUCAGUCACAUAUAAGUAAAUAUGUGUGAGAAUGCAUGACACACAUCACACGUGCAGUCAAAUGGUUUCAAAUAUUUGACAAGUUUGGUUUCUUUUUAAGUUGUGAGUGGUACGGUAUGUUUUGUCGUUACAACAAAUGAAGAACUUGAAGAAUGUAUUACUUGUUUUGAUACUCAUGCUGGCCAUGUACCUGCUGCUAAUAAAAGCUGAAAGAUGCCAAAAA